AUGUUUCGCCUCUUGCCCUGGCCUUCUCCCAUCGGAGGCAACAAGGUGUUGCCCGAGGACGUCACCAUGCUGGCUCCCGCUGGCUGCCCUCCCUCCCUCAACAUGAACUUGAACGUCAAGGUCAACCCACUGUCGCAGUCAAUACCGCCCUUGCUCAAGCGCAAACGCUCCGAGUCCGCCGUCACCGAGGCGCCUCCAGCGACCAAGCUUCGCACAGAUCAGUCUCCAGCGACCACGACCACGAGUACGACGGUAGCCUCCUCCACGACGACACCGUCCCCGUCGAUCGUCGCCAUCAAGUCGGAGCAAGACCUUCCCGUCACUCCCUUCUCCGAACCCGCCUCGGCCUCAGCAUCAGUAUCAGCCCCGGCGACGAUCACGCGCGACCCAGUCCCGGAACCGGCCAAGACCCCGUCCGCAAAGGUGCGCCCGGAUGUGAAUCGUGUGCGCGACACCAUCACGGCCCAGCUGAGCCUCGAGGUCCUCCUCAAGCACAAUGAGCUGCGCCUGAUUGACCAAGAGAUUGCCAAGUGUCAAGUCGCCUUGGAACAGCUGCGACGCUGCGCUGAGAUCCCCUACCCGGGAUCAGCAGUCUCUGGAAUAUCGGCCGAUGUGAGCGCCGGCACGGGUGCGUCGGUGCUGCAGCCUGGAAAUGGACCAGCACCGAUCUCGCCCGCGCCCUGGGGGGUGACGGAAGGCCCUUACUCCCGCCACUAUGCGCGAUGGCUGCUUCCAGACCCGCGAUUUGACGGUGGCGAGAUGGAGUCCGCCCCCGGGACGAUGCGACACGGCAGCUUCGCGGUGCCCGAGGGUCGCUCGACGCGUGGGAACCCCAUGGACUUUAGCUCGCUGGCGGGCAAGACCCGACCCUCGCGGGGGAUGCCACAAACGAAGUUCCAAUCAUUGUCCGCCGGCUAUCCGGCCCCCAAGGAGAAACCGGGGCCGAUGCUCAUUCGACGCAAAUCCGAUCAGGUGCUGGUCAAACUGGUGUGCCUGGAUUGUCGUCGGGAUAACUUUUCGAGUACUCAGGGCUUCAUCAAUCACUGUCGUAUUGCUCACAACCGGAACUUUGCCAGCCACGAUGCGGCAGCCAUGGCCUCUGGCGAACCCGUCGAGGUCGAUGCGGCAGGCAACAUUCUGGGUACCGCGGCCACGCCGGCCGCUACCUCUCCCGCUGUGGCUGCGGCCCCGUCACGCAAUGAGUCCCUUUCGGGGAAUAGUCAGACUUCUGGCCUGGUUCACCCGUUGAUUCGGUCGACGCAGCUGCCGACUCUCUCCCUCGAGUUGGCGGUCGCUCCUCAGACGCCCCGGGCCAGCGAGUCCCCGUCCGUCGUCGCGCCACCAACCGCGGCGGUGCAGCCCAAGUCGGAGCCUCGCCGUCAGUGCCAACGGGCCAAGGUGGAGCACAACCCAUCCUUCCUGGCCUCGCCCGCGACUCCUCACUUGUCCGCUCUCAUGCGUGACCGUGGCCUUGGCCUGGACCUGAACAAGUUGGUGGAAGAGGCCAAGACGCCGGUCGACCUCAGCAGCCUUUUCGAUGACGACUCGGACCAGGAAUCGGCCAGUCAGCCCAACGGGCAGCGCCGGCCUUCCUCCCGUGAUGGCGUGUCCACGGCCCGGCAGCCCAUGCGAAUGCCGACCGCGGCGGCCACCGCGAGCCUGCAACGAUCGGACAGUCGCAAAGGCUUGGAUCGCGAUGAACACCCCGAUUCCGUGGCCGUCACUCCCACUCGUCCGUCCUAUCAACAGUCCUUCCUCGACUUUGCUUCCCUCCCCAGUGGACCUCAUCCGUCGCUGGUGCACAGUGCACGGGACAGGGAUAGCCUCGACCACUCGGCCAAUCUCAGCCCCAACACCCUUGAGUCCAACCAGGCGCCCAGUCUCGUGAGUGACGACGACGACGAUUACGAGGCCGCAUCGGACUCGGACAGUCCGAGCUCCUCCGAGGCCGACGAGGAAGAGCAAGAGUUCCGCCACAUUCAAGUUGAGGAUGAUGAGCGCGCCGGUGCUCCCUCCACGACGGCUGCUCCUGAGCCCAAGUCUGAUCCGACCCUCACGCACCCUCGCUCUCCAGCGACGGCUCCCAUCUCCAAGCCACCCAAGCAGAAUCGGGGGAAGAAAUUCUCCGUUGGAGCGGGAGUCGCCGACCCCAAGGCCGAUGGCACGCAGAAUCCGAAGGAGACUCCGUCCAAGCCCGCCCACGGACCGAGUCUGUGA